AUGGCUCAUCAACAACCCCCUCUCGCGGUGUGCAUCCCAUUGAGCGUGGAUGCCUUCAUCCUUAAUGAGCAUGUCGUCAACAGUGGCAAGGCAGUUAUUGCUCCAUUCUCACUGCCUGACUAUGGCGGUCUGGAGCCUGGAGAUCGUCUUCAACAUGAUGUGAUUCCACAUCUGAACCUACGCUCAGCCACUGUCGCGAAGACCAAUGAUCGUUUAUCUGAUCUCGACUCGGGUGAAUCUCGUCGUGACCGUUUGGGCGUCUAUCUACAUUGGACUAUCCCCAAACCGUUUCGCACAGGUCUCGCAGCAUCAGAAUCGGCUAGUGAUUCAUACCUGAAAGAGCGCACAAAGAAAGGCCUCCCGAAAGAGAAGAGAGAAACCACGACGGGGUCGACGGAGUUUGUCGCCGUACCUGACCGAUGGAUUGUGAUUCGACGCAUACACACGUCCACUCCAGCACAAGCAACGUAUGCCCAAUUCUCGGCUUUUGUUAUAGAAAGCAAUCGGGUGCGCCGCCUCGAUCGUGAAGAGUUCGCCGUUCUCGACCUUGAUACCGAGGCUGCGCCAUUCGUGGACCACCAGGGUACCACCAAUGCUCAGCAUGGAGUAUUCCUCGGCGCGAAGUAUCACCUAGAAGAUUGGCAAGGUGUUUGGGACCCAGCUGCUGUAGAUCCUCAGAGUUUUCAUAUUCCUCUGACGAUUGCCGACUCGGCCAACCCGCUGUUUACCGACUUUCAGCAUCACUGCAUGAAUGUGUUUGCCAUGCAUGACGAUCUGACUUAUUAUUCCGUGGAAAAUAAUACUAUGUGCACACUAGAAAGUGCCGAUAUAUCGUAUCUUGUUCUUGGUUAUCAUGGACUUGAGCAACAUGAUCCUCUGGCCAACGGGGAAGUGUCAAGUAAUAGCGCGUUACUUUCAACUCAUGGCAUGAAGUUAAGGUCAGAGGAGCAAGUGGAUUGGCUUAAAAGUCAGCCAAAGGAUAGUCGUAUCCGUUCUCUCUGUCAUGGGAGAGCUGACCAUGUAGUAUGGUCGUUGAAGCAAGCUCCUAGGAAAAUMCCUGCCGAUGAAGUUGCAGAGCAUUUUGCUCGCCUUCAUCCAGUUGCGGUGGGGACUGACCUUCUAGAUGCUUUAACAGCUUCGUAUCUGUCACCGGCAGACCCGAAAAAGGCGGAUGCCAAACUGGCAGCUGCGUUCAAGCACCUUGAAAUCUUAGCUGCCAACCCCAGUGACGAUGGGUCCGAUUCGAGUCAGGGAGCGCAACAGAAAGCCAGCCACUACAGACCAGCGCAUGGAGGACAUACCUGGAAGCUAAAGAAAGUCUCCAAUACAAAGAAGACUGCCGACAGCAUGUCUUCCAUAUCAUCAUCAUCCUCACAGCCUACUGUCACGCAAGCGAAACCCACGUCUCCAAAAUCAACGACCAAUCCAAAGACAAGCCCAUCUGCCCAAAUAGCUACAAAGCUUGACAGCGACAAUAAGCCACCAGCCGAAACGCUUCAGAUGCUGCACGAUCUCAACUCUACCCAGAAACUUCUGGAUUCAGCCACCAGACACUAUCAUCUUCUACAACACCUGCUUUUCUGUGAAUGGUGGAAAGCCCGCGCGGCUGGUUACGGAGAUUCCAAUGCUUCCACAAGUGACGAACUUGAUGACGGAUUCCACAGCAUGCGAUCGUGGUACAAAACUCAUUUGAACGAAACUCGCAGCCGGUUGCGCAGAAUACUGGGUGACCUCAUGAAACUUAAUCGGGGUGAUGGAAAGUCUGGUAUUUUGGUGACACUAGCCGCACAUAUAGGAGAAUUGAGAAAGCACGGCCCUCGCACAAUUCAGGCGCCCGCAGCACGGUUUUUUAGUACAAGAGACCCGACUAUACUCUUAUCGGAAAUGGAGUCUUCCUGGCCGGAUGACUUCACGGCCGAUAACAUCACUGUGCAACUGAAUACCGAACUUUCGGAUUCGAGGAAGCAAGUACCCCAGAAUGAUGAAGCGUGGCAAAUAUUUCAAGGAAAGUUAACCACCCUCCCUUCCUGGGUCCAUGGAUGCGUUGAUGAUUUGAGGCACGAUUGGCUGCGCCUCGAGGUGGAAAAAGGCACCACUGCGUCUGCUGAACGAAACAACGCCCAAUCUGCUCAGGCAUGGUUCCCUCUUUUCAUUGAAUGGGAGGCAGAUUACUUUCAUAUUCCUAUUGAGCACUGGAAGCUCCAAGAGACCGGUAAUGGUACAGUGAAAUAUGGCAUUAAACGGGAUGCAAAGAUCACAGGCGACCCAAAGAUAACCACGUCUCGUCGCGGAUUAAGUGGACGAAGUGCAAUCUUCCCCGAGGGCCAAAGGUCACUCAGCACUUUAGUCGAUCAGAUGUCACCCCCUACACGAGCCUGUUGCCUGUUCAAGGGUGUUUCCCGCAGCAAAGAUGGGCAGCUAUUUCGACCCGUCACACACGGUCAAGUCCGAUUCACCAAGCUCAAUAUUGUUGACAAGUUCGGUCAGGUCGUCUGUGCAUUUGAUCCACGGCCUGGACAGCCCUUUCGUCCAAUAUAUCCCAGUGUUAGCGAGGAUAUGGCCUGUCAACGCAGCCAUCUUGCUGGGCGAGUAUUUGCGAAUACCGCACUUCCAGAACCAGAAGGUCGGAGUCAGUUUUUCCAGCUCGGACCGCGAGUUAACCAAAAUAUAAGAUUCAAUGCUACCUUCGUUGUGCAAGAAUACGGAAAACAAGAGGCUGGACAAAAAAGCGAUGCGCCUUCAAAGACGAACGGAUCCUGGCGAUCACUCUUAGAAUGGGAAAAUCCCAUCUGGGGCUGGGUCGUUUGUAAUUUCCAGGAUGAUAGUCUACAGGUCUUUCAAGGUGACGGAACUCUCUGCGGCGAGAUUCUUGUCGGUUCUCCGACGAACAAAGGCUUGUGGUUGAACCCCGAUGCAGAUAGCACGCACGCCGUGCCAACUGUAUCCAAUCCAGAACUCGCUGCGUUUAUGGAGAGACUUUCAUCUUCAAAUGAAUUUCUUCACAAAGUGUGGAACAUGGUAGUCGACGCGAACGAGCAUAUUCACCAUGCCCCAAGCACAUUGGCUGAUUUCCUGCCAGCAUUGAUAGGACGACCACUUGCGCUUGUCUCUAUGGGAUGGUCGUUAGAAUUAGCCACAAUGCCAAUGGUGGAUCAAUCUGAUUCUAGAACUCAACAAGACAUGGGCAUUUUUGACUAUAAGUUCGACCUGAAACUUGGAGACCAGAUGAGCUUACAUGAUGGAUUGGUUGCUUACUUUCUUGAAGACGGAGAGGCCUCUGAUAAGGGAUCUAGCUUCACUUUUAAUGAGGUUCAUACAACCUAUGGUCUUAAUGGAGUGAAAAGAGGACUACGGAGACGAAAGGGUGUAGUAUCGCCGUCACAGACCACCUUGACGGGGAAUGUUGCUGAAACUGCAAACCUACCGUCCUCCGCUUCCUCCACUUCCUCCGUCAUCAACACCCCAUCUUCUGGAUCUACUGUUUCCGAAGCCAAACCUGUCUCACAAGUUGUGCGAGCAGAAAACAUACCAUUCACACCUUAUUGGAUUGACCCAAUGCAGUAUGGUUCGGCCAAGAUAGAAGAAUUUGCCGCCGAACAUCACCGGAAACUCCGCAUAUUCGGCGCUCUGGUCGAUCCUUUCCAAAGUAUCAACGGAUUUUCAGGGAUCUUGCCAACAACCUCCCUAAGCAUACCACCUUGGGCUUUGGAUAGUGCUUUGAAGAAGAUGGAGACGUUUAUCCGUGUAGGUCCUUUGUUGAUUCCAAGUGAUCUGCCCACGAGCACUCCUCCAGACUUGACGUCUACGGAAAUCAAACCUACAUCUUUGAGCGUUGCGUCUCCUACUGCAACACUCCCGAUCGACGCCCCGGCAGAAGGCAGCUGGACGUGGAUUCAACCUGUGCAAGCUGAUGCUACUGAUUUUGUCAACCAAAAGUUCAAACUCGUACCAACGUCAAAACAGUUUAUUGUCCCUGAUGGACCGAAGACGGCAGUGGAAGGGUUUUUACGGUUGAUAAGCGAGUGA